ACUCUAAAUUUGACUGGGGAAGGAUCACUGCAGCAGAACUCUUGCGGGUAGGACGUUGCCUGAAAGGUUAGACUCAGGAAAAAGGCGCUUAUUUAUAUAACCCCGGCUCUAACUGAAGAAUCACGCUGCCUUUCAUUUGAACCGCAUUAGAGAUCAGCCGUAGUCUCAUAUGAGUGAAAACGCCUCUCUAAGCUACAUAAAAGGUUUGGACUGAUUGAACAACUAACAGAAGGGGACAAGUUUGCUCUUCCACUUAAAGAGCCUGCUUUGAGAUGAAGUCCACAGAUAAUGUACCAGAAGAAACCAGGAAACCUUCAGGCAAUGGAUUGACUCUUGGACUGACUGUGCUCUGUGCUGCCAUUGGAGGAACCUUUCAGUAUGGCUACAACAUCUCCAUCAUCAACGCUCCUACCAGCUACAUCCAAAAGUUUAUUAAUGACACCUACAUGGAGCGCUGGGGUACAGGCUUGGAUAUCACUGAGGUGACCCUGAUGUGGACCCUGAUAGUAUCAGCCUUUUCUCUUGGUGGCCUCUUUGGGGCCCUGCUGGCAGGCCCUAUGUCAGUUCGCUUUGGGAGGAAAAAGUCUCUGCUUUUGAACAAUUCCUUCAUGUUUGCUGCUGCUGUGCUGGUGCUAACAUGCCGGGUGGCAAAAUCAUUUGAGAUGAUCAUCAUUGCUCGCUUUCUGGUGGGGAUGAACUCAGGUGUCAGCAUGAAUGUCCAGCCUAUGUAUUUUGGAGAGAGUGCCCCCAAACACCUCAGAGGUGCUGUGGCGUUUUCCUCUGCUGUCUUUACCGCAUUCGGGAUCUUUUUGGGUCAGGUUGUGGGACUUACUGAGCUUUUGGGUAGUGAGCGUCUUUGGCCCUACUUACUGGCUAGUAAUGCUUUGCCAGCACUGGUCCAGCUCCUUACCCUUCCCUGGUUCCCUGAAAGCCCCAGGUACCUACUCAUCGACAGGGGAGACAGGGAAGCAUGUCUCCAGGCUCUUGGAAGACUCCGCGGCGGGGAGGCUCCCGUUUUGGAGAUGGAGGAGUUGCUUCAGGAGCAGCAAAUGUCCGCAGCCAUAAAUUCUGGAGCUACAUCUUCUGCUAAGACGCCCUGGUCCCUGUUUAAGGAUCGUAAUUUACGAUCACAACUCAAAACAGUCAUGGCUGCCAGCAGCGCCAUGAUGCUCUGUGGAAACGACUCCAUCUACUUCUAUGCUUCCUACAUCUUUCAGGAAGCAGGAAUCCCACCAGAGAAAAUUCAGUACGUCACCAUUGGGACGGGGGCAUCUGAGCUGACAGCUUCCAUUCUGAGUAACCUCUUGAUUGAACGCGUGGGCCGCCGGUACCUUCUCAUCGGGGGUUACAGUCUCAUGUCUUGUUGGUCUAUAGUUUUUACUGUAGCUCUUUCACUCCAGAGCCGCAAAGUGACAGGGAUGGCUUAUCUCAGCAUGGUGUGCGUUUUCUCUUACAUCCUCAGCUUUGGCCUGGGCCCAGCCGGAGUGACAGGGAUCUUACCAGCUGAGGUCUUUGAUCAGACGGCUCGUCCAGCGGCCUACAUGAUCGCCGGCUCUCUAAUGUGGAUUAGCCUGCUCCUAAUGGGAAUGCUGUUACCUUUCAUCGUCAACGGCCUGGGAAACUUCUGCUUUCUGCCUUUCCUCUGCGUGUGUUUGGUAUCUGCUGUGUUUCUGGGGUUCACCUUGCCAGAGACAAAGGGCAAGACGCUGGCUCAGAUUACAGCAGCGUUUGAUAAGAAGAACCAAGGGAAAAUGAAUGAAGUUCCAGAAGUGAUGACAGGGCACGAUCCCCUGAAUGAUCUGUACCAGUUGGGUAAAAUCUGCUCAUUUACUCCCUCAACGCAUGAUCCUGACCUUGACCAUAAAGCUGCUGAAUGAAAUUUGACCUGUGGGAUUAUAACAAGCCGUGCCUUUUGAGCUUAUCUUCAGGUUUUAAUUGACUUCUGUGCAGAUUAAAUCCUGUGUGUUAUUUAUGAGAUGUGAUCCCCUUAAUAUUGACUGUUCAAAUCUGUUCUUAAUUUACAAUUUGGUCUAGGCCUUUAAUCCUACCCAACACACAUUUUGUGUUUAUGUAUUGCAAACCUAUAUAAAGCUUCUGUCUUUUAGAUCGUCAUUGAGAGUGAUGGUGCUGAACCUAUUUGUAUGGUUCCUAUGCCAAAGAAGUCGUCCUCACUCAUAUUUAUGCAGAAAUCUCUCAAGCUCCUGCCAAAAACUGGCAUGUGUUUGCAGUAGUUUGGGCAAUCAUUUGAACAGCAUGUGUUGUAGAGAUUACCUUCUCUAGUUCAACACUUGUGAGCUGCUGGAUAACAGUUCAUGUUUAUUGUGCAAUCUGAUGCUGUUAUUUUUUUAAUCUAUCCAGCUCAGUGAACCAUGCAUGUGUGUUUGUUUUCCUAUUUGACGACCUUUCUAUGAACGCAGACUGUGUAUAAUUCUGUUUUUUUUCUCUUUCUCUCUUAUGUUUAUGUUUAUGCAGCAACUGGACUGCAUCUAGAAUUUAACUAUAUUAGUUAGUCCCCUCCAGACUUUUGUGUGUACCAGGGCUUCAACUACAUGAGUGUAGCUCUGCAGAAUGGCCAGUAGAUGUAGCCAUUGUGUCUGCCACAGUUUGUGCUGUGAUAAACAAGGCAGCGCGUCAUGAAAAUGAAUCACACAGUCAAGGUUAACACUUUUAAAUUCACCAGCUUUUAAACUCAACACAGCCCUUCUGAGCCUUCUGCGAACCAUCUGUCGCAGCGUCUGUAUGUUCUUUAAUCACCCUGCGUUGCUUGAUCGUGUGCUGGAAUGAAUCCUAAAUGCAGACGUCAGGUCUGUUCUUGCACUGUUGUAACGUGUAGCAUGUGCUGCGCACUUACUGAAUGACACUGUCGCACUUUUCUCUACCUAAAAAUAUUAUUACUAUUUAUUCAAAUCAAAAUACAACUGUAUGUACAACCAAAUAAAGGAAAA